AUGGCAUGGGUUCGUGAAGUAUGUAAAAGAAUUGGAAUGGUGUUAAUGAUUGCGGGUUCGUGUGACGGGGGUAGAGGACGUAGGACACCGUCUGUAAUUGUUCGUUGUGAGCGUGGGGGCCUUUAUGCUGGCAAGAAGGUACCCGGUGAUGAUGAUCAAAGACCGGGAAAAAGGAGCACCGGUUCAAAGAAAUGCAAUUGUCCGUUUAAAUUGAAGGGGACAAAAGAACACAAGGAUGAUGAAAAGGCUGAGUGGAAAUUGGAUGUUUAUAGUGGUAUUCACAACCAUAACUUGUUUGAAAACUUGCACGAACACUCUUAUGCUGGAAGAUUAUCAAAGGAGCAGACUUCACUUGUUCACACUUUGAAGAAAGCAAUGGUGAAACCAAGGGCAAUUCUAAGAUUAUUGAAGGAAAAUGACCCGUCUAAUGUAACUGGUAUGAAGACAGUUUACAAUACUAUCUCUAAGUUAAAUUUCAAUGAAUUAUCUGGGAGAUCUCAAUUGCAAUUAUUGUUCGCCAGGUUGAAAGAAGAUGAAUACCUCUCGUACCAUAGAUCGAACGAGUUGAAUCCGAUUACUGACUUGUUGUGGAUCCACCCGAAAUGCAUUAAGUUGGCACAGUCGUAUCCGUACAUAUUCGUCAUCGAUUGCACGUACAAGACCAAUCGUUACAGACUCCCAUUUCUUGAGAUUGUGGGUUUUACUUGUACUAACAUGACGUUCUCCAUUGCCUUUGAAUACUUGGAUCACGAAAAGACGGAAAAUUUCGAAUGGGUGUUGCGUUGUUUGAUGGAGGCCAUGAUAAGUUGUCCUUGGCCAAAUUGCAUUGUAACAGAUCGAGAUUUGGCUUUAAUGAAAGUAGUGGCCAAUGUGUAUCCAUCGAGUCAUCACUUGCUGUGUCGGUGGCAUGUGAACAAGAAUAUAUUGGCCAAUUAUAAGAAAAUGUUCACAAAGGACAUCACCAAAUGGAAGCAAUUUCAGUCGGCUUUUUCGGCUCUUAUUGAAAGAAAUACUAUAGAGGAGUUCAAUGAGGAUUGGGAGGCAAUGGAAAGAACAUUUGUCGGUUACCCGUCGGCUAUAACAUACGUAGCUAAUUCAUGGUUGGAUCCGUACAAGGAGAAACUUGCAUCGGUGUGGACAAUUAAGUGUACUCAUUUUGGAACGUACACUUCUAGUAGGGUGGAGGGGGCACACAGACGAAUGAAAAGGGAUGUGCAUAAUUCGACUGGCACCUUUGUGGAUUUGUAUACGAAAGUCAACAACCAAAUUGUCGAACAAUACAAUGACAUCAAAGCUUCUUUUGAAGUAAGUAAAAAUACUUACGAACACACUUUCAAAACGUUGAUAUACAAUGAGCUUCGUGGAAGUAUCUCAAAAUUCGCUCUGCAACUACUCAAAGUUGAGGUGGACAACGCGAAAUUAUUGCAACCGAGCGAUAUGGGUUGCAGUUCAUCCGAACAACUCACGGUCUACCAUGUUGCCAUGAACUUCAUGAGUAUGUUGUUGUGA